AUGACACUAUUGAUAAACAAGCCACUGAAAUUCAUUUUAAAACUUUUAGGCCUAUGGCCUUACAAUUUCAAUAUCUUUGGCCCAUUGAUUUUAGCCUCAUCUAUUGUUACGACCUUACCUUUUCAAUUGUGGUAUGCACUUAUUUCAAGUGAAAAUCCGGUGAUGUUGAUGGAUGGUUUGAGCGAUAUGUUUGCUCAAACUAUAAUACUCAUUAAAAUAUUCAUAAUGUGGAAAAACAAGAGGUUGAUAAACGGUUUAUUAAAAGACGUAUUGAAUGACUGGAAAGUGAAAAAAUUGCCAGCGAACUGGAAGUCGAUCUCUCGGACAUGUACUUUAUUUUGUAGGGUCGUUAUUACGAUGUACGCCACCGCCACGACAGUUUAUUUUCCAGAUCUUGUACUGUCUUAUUUUGGACAACCGAAAGAGCACAGGAAGCUAUUUUUCGCGUCGAAAUACCCUUUCGAUUAUCAUUCUUCUCCUAUAUAUGAAAUAGUGAUUCUCGUGCAAAUCAUACAAUGUUUACUUAUUGUAGCCGCUGAUUUAGUGAGUCAGACUCUUCUUGCUGCAUUGAUUUUACAUGCAAGUGCACACAUGGCAUUAUUUAAAGUUUACCUUAGAGUAUAUUCAGACAGUAUUGUCUCUAGUCGGAAACUACACGGAGGAUAUCGUUGUGACAAAGAUAAUUUUAUGUUUCUUUUGAAACGGAUAGUGAAACAACACGUGAAAAUUUUAGAUAUAGUUGAUCGAAUUGAUGCUGUUUACUCCUUCGUCUCAUUGUUUCAAUUGCUUUUUAGUAAUGUUAUUAUUUGCGUCACUGGAUACGUUUUGAUUACUGCUGUUAAUUUAACCAACAUGCUGUACCUGAUAAAGUUUCUGAUGUUCAUCCUUGUGAUGUUUCUUCAAGCUUUUACAUUUUGCUUCGCUGGGCAAUAUUUGCGGAAUCAGGGCGAAUCACUUGUUCAUGCCGUAUACGAUUGCGAAUGGUACGCUGGAACUCCACAAGAAGUUCGUAUGUUGUCGCUGAUACUAUUUAAGACUCAAAAUCCUUUGACUCUGAGUGGCGGUAAAUUAUUUGAACUUUCUGCAAAUAGCUUUACAAUGAUUGUUAAAACAUCUUUGUCGUAUCUAUCUGUUCUAAGAGCAGUCUAUGCUUGA